AUGCCACCACGCUGCGUGCGGUGCGCAGGCAACCACGCGUCCAGGGAGUGCCGAAUGACGCCCCAAGACAAGCCAAAAUGCGCAAACUGCAGCGGCGCCCACACAGCCAGUUACCAAGGCUGUCCAGCACACAAGAGGGCCAAGGCCCGACAAACAGGGCAGAUCACAAACAACAAAAACACCUACCAAGCACCAACACGAAACAACACUAACAAAACAACCAGCACCACACAAAAAACGCAAACAGAAGAGACAAAAACAAAACCACGAAACAAAGAAAAAGAAGACAACACAAACACGCAAACUUCCAACCCAAGUACACGGUCACAGGACGACACACGCACCUACGCAAGGGCAGUAUCACCCGCACAGACCCCCACAACAGAAAACACAAACCCAGCAGCAACAACAACACAAACAAGCAACACACCCAUACACCACUUCUCCCAAGCCCUGACAGAAGUCAUCAAGCUCAUGGACAAGCUGAUGCACACCAUGACAAGGAAAUUUGACCAGCUCUCCGCCGACAUCUCAUCGGCAGUUAGGACCUCGCAGACCACUGCGACAACCAGUGAUACACCACCGCAACAUGGCUAG